UCUGUGCCUGUUAAUGCCUUAACUCCAUUGCUCUUUGCAGCUGCAGCAGUCAUUUCCUCUCUUAGCUUUUAAUUCCAUAGCUUCUUCUUUAUGUUUUGAUUCACCAUUUUCGAAACUUUCUGUUUGCCUUUUGUGUGCGUGUGUAUAUGAACUUUUGGAAAAUGGAAACGGGGAUUCGAAUGCUGGCAUGUGUCAUAGCCAUGGUAGUGAAUGUCGCGAUUGCGCAGCAGGUUCCGUGUUACUUUAUAUUCGGUGAUUCGCUGGUCGAUAAUGGCAACAACAACAAUAUCCAGUCCUUGGCGAGGGCAAAUUACUUGCCUUAUGGUAUCGAUUUCCCUGGUGGACCGACUGGCAGGUUCUCUAAUGGUAGAACCACAGUCGAUAUCAUUGCCGAGCUACUCGGAUUCGACGACUACAUACCACCAUAUGCCAAUGUGCGCGGCCGGGAAAUACUCAGGGGAGUGAACUAUGCGUCUGCUGCUGCUGGCAUUAGGCCAGAAACAGGGCGACAAUUGGGUGGGAGGAUAGAUUUCGCCGGACAAGUGAAUAAUUACAAGAACACGGUCGCGGCUGUGGUGGACAUACUAGGCGAUGAAGAUGCUGCGGCGGAUUAUUUGGGCCAGUGCAUAUACUCCGUCGGUAUGGGCAGCAACGACUACCUCAACAACUAUUUCAUGCCUUUAAACUACCCGACGAGUCGCCAGUUCUCGCCCGAGCAAUAUGCCGAUGUGCUCAUUCAGGAGUACUCGCAGCAUAUCAGGGAAUUGUACAACUACGGCGCGAGGAAAUUUGUGUUGAUCGGAGUGGGGCAAAUCGGGUGCAGCCCGAAUGCGUUGGCGCAGAACAGCCCCGACGGGAGAACUUGCGUGGCGAGGAUCAACUCCGCGUGCCAAUUGUUCAACAACAGGCUGCGAGGAUUAGUCGAUCAGUUCAACCGUAAUUCGCGCGACGCGCAGUUCAUCUACAUCAAUGCUUACGGCAUGUUCCAGGAUCUCAUCAGCAACCCCCAAGCUUACGGUUUGCGGGUGACAAACGCCGGAUGCUGCGGCGUGGGGAGGAACAACGGGCAGAUAACGUGCCUGCCGUUCCAGCCGCCUUGCCCCAACCGGAACCAGUUUCUGUUCUGGGACGCGUUUCAUCCGUCGGAGGUGGCGAAUAUUGUCGUCGGGAGGAGAUCUUACAGGGCUGCCCGGAGUUCGGACGCUUAUCCGUUCGAUAUUAGCAGAUUGGCUCAACUCUAGAGCUGCUUUUGUCUCUGUCAUAUGUUGUAAUAAUAAUAUAAACCUGAAUUCACAGUCCCUAUUUUUCGAGUAAGCUUUAGGUAAACUUCGGACCGAAUUUACAAGAAUGCUAUAUUUGUCUUUUGUUUGUUUCUUUCUUUAUCGGCCGUAUCGAAUUGUUUGAGUUUGUUGUAUUUUUGGACCAUGGAAAAAGAAAGUUCCAUGGAUGAAUUUUUUUGAGAUUUCUCUAUGUGAAAAUAUUGGACUUUGUGGGAUUGUAUUUGCA